AAAUAUAAAGGAGCUCGAUAAACAUGCCGCAAUAGGAUCAGAAUAACCAGCAGUGCCUAGCACCAAUCGAUGAACACGUCAAUGUCGCCGAUUUUCCGGUACAUACACUGGCAUUCAGCGAAGCUGCGUUCGGAUGUAAGCAAAUGAGAGAGGAGAGAUCCUGCUGGGUACGCGAUUAUUCGGACAAAUUAAUGAUCGCAGACGGUUGUUAGUGGUUAUUGUAGUUAGUGUUUACGACUGUACUAUAGUGUUCGUUGUAUAUGUGGUGGGCGGUAAUGAAACACGACACUCAACCGAUAAAGUCGAUGGAAUAGGUUAGGACGAUGGAUAUUUGCUAGAGAACAGUGACAACAAACGGUUAAAACUGGUCGAUUUUUUUUCCCAGAAGGCUCAAGCGACACCAUGGAUGAGAGCCUGCUGAACUUCUCGAGGGUGGAGGAAGACCCCUUCGCCAAGAUACCAUUGGAAAAUGUGUCAGAGACCCCUUACCGACACUCGCCCGUGUCCUCAGCCCUCAACUAUUUCUUCUUCACGGCGGAACUUCUCAAUUUUUUUCUCGGCAUAGCGUCAGUCAUAUCGGACGUCCUGAUCAUCUAUUUCAUCUUCAGAUACAAGAGGUUGAAGAAGAACAUCAACCUCUACAUCGCCAACUAUGCCAUAAUGAACUUGUGCUACUACGUGGUAGCUCCAGUUCUGUUGCUGGUGCACGUGUUGUUUUCUCUUGGAUUGCCGCACUUUAUGUACGUGUUCUGCUAUGUUUCCAUGAUGGAAAAUACGUUCUUGAUGAGUUCUUUCCUUUUCGCCACGCUGUUGGCGGUGGACUGGACGCUUUCCUGUGUAAGACCGGAAUGCCUGAAAAAGUUUCAUAGAAUUUUGAAAAUCAAGUAUCCGAUUAUUUACGGCUAUAUCAUGAUCGUUAUGAUAUCGAGUUGCCUUGGUUGCAUGAUGGAGUACGAGUUGGUGCAGAGUCUCCUGUUCUACAACAUGCCACUUAUCAUUUUCGCUCUGAUAGUUAUGCACAAUAUCAGACGUAAAAGAGUUCUCAGCAGUGAGCACCUAAAAACUGAGUAUGCCCUCUGGAUUUUCACCAUAGCCGUAGGAUGUUUCAUACCCAUCUACAUACUAGACUUGAUACUCAUCGCGAUGGGACCUUAUUCGUAUCACACAUUCACCCUUAUCAUUUUCGCCCUCGAGUAUAUCCUAUCGUUCUUCUCUACGCCCGCACCUGUCUUCAUCCUCUACUACCUGAUCAAGUGGAACAAAUAUUUCAAAAUGGCUUUCGACACAACCUUCAAGAGGGCUGUUAGAAGCUACGGGGCUGAUAAUCUGGACGAUGCAUCUGAUAAUGAGGAAAUCGUGCAGGAUGGCGAACAGAAAAAUGUGCCAAGUGAGGUGAACGGUGUCAGCAGAGCUGAGAUUUUAGUUCCUUGAAAUUCCUGGCGUGUACAGCUUGGACUCCAAACGAAAAAGACUUCAAGUUCUUCUCAC